CUCCGAAACACGCGCGCACACAAAAAAAAAAAAAAAAAGGCCUAACCCUAAUAAACCCUCCAAGUUGUUUCACCUUCUUGCCGCCGCCACCCCAUGCCGCCCAAAUUUGAUCCCUCCCAGGUCGUGGACGUGUACGUCCGCGUCACCGGCGGCGAGGUCGGCGCGGCGAGUUCCCUCGCCCCCAAGAUCGGUCCCCUGGGCCUCUCCCCCAAGAAGGUCGGCGAGGACAUCGCCAAGGAGACGGCCAAGGAGUGGAAGGGUCUGCGCGUCACGGUGAAGCUGACCGUCCAGAAUCGCCAGGCCAAGGUGUCGGUGGUGCCCUCCGCCGCUGCCCUGGUGAUCAAGGCCCUCAAGGAGCCGGAGCGCGACCGUAAGAAGACCAAGAACAUCAAGCACAACGGCAACAUCUCCCUCGAUGACGUCAUCGAGAUCGCGCGGGUGAUGCGCCCGAGAUCCAUGGCCAAGGACCUCGCCGGUACGGUCAAGGAGAUUCUCGGCACCUGCGUCUCCGUCGGCUGCACCGUCGAUGGCAAGGACCCCAAGGACCUCCAGCAGGAGAUCACCGACGGCGACGUCGAGAUCCCCUCCGAAUAGAGAGAGCCACAGCUCGCGCGCGCCGCUUGCCUGAUAUAAUAGAAUGGACUGCAACUUGAGUUGGCGGUAGUUGAGGACCCGAAGAUGAGAUGAAGUGAUGGGGGUGGAGAGGGGAGAGCUCGAGGUCAGAUGGAGGCGACGGCCGAAGAUAGGUUGGGGGAAAGGCUAAGGGAAUGGGAGGGGAGUGCUUGGGGGAAGAGGUUGACGUAGAGCGAGGAUCCUAAGUCGGGGGAGCUCAAAGGGUCUCUCUCUAACUUGGUUCCACAAGCUUGGAUCUCAUUCUGCAGCCAAGUUGAGCUGCGACAAAUUAGGCCUAAAGCUGCGGAUGGCGUGCUCCAAAGCCGGACAUGCUGCAUGGUAUGGGCGUCUCUCUCCUUUGCAUCUUUGAUCCCAGUGGUAAAACCGGCCUGCUCGUCAAGGUCAGGAUUCAUGAUGAUGGUUGGAAGUGAUUGCAUUCCAAAAGAUACAUCGAAGCUGCAAUGUAGCUCGUACGGACACGAUGUGUUUAGACAGUUGUUACAGUGCAUUGUUAUCGGCAGGGGGUUCUUUUAUGCCCAUCUUUUAGUUACUUGAUAAAAAACGAUGCAUAUUUGCAAAUCCCAAAUAGCUUAUUACAGAAAGCCAUACCGUAUCCAGAGUCCAUUUGCUUGUCUUUUGUUACAAUGAACAAUCCUCUAUGAUUUUAUCGGGGAGGAUGUAGAGAUAGAGACGACCAGGUUAUGGAAUUAACAAAUAUAACCAAGAUAUGCAUAGCCAGUUUUAUUGGUUGCAUGAGAUCAUCGUCAGCCCUGCAAUUAGAAACAAUUGCCCGAUCGAGAACAUGAGAAUUGAGCAUAAGUGAAUGCCCAAAUCAUUGGGAAUGUUGUGUUUGAUUCCUAAAACAAGACGAGGAGUUUUUAGAGAUCCCUACCGCCCUGCAAUCUCCACAAAGACACAGAAGAAAGCGAGGCCAUCACUGACAUUUGGAGCACCUGAUCUCCAACUUUUCUUUUUCUUUUUCUAUUUCAUUUCAAAGCUCGAUUAAGACAAUGAAAUCUCAAAAUCUUCCUUGAAUGCUCAAUUAAUUUCAAUAGAAGACAGAUCAUCCUCAGGCCGGGCUUUGGAUGAAUCGCCCCCCUCCUCCUCGCUGGCAGCGGCGGUCGAAGAGUCAUCCCCAUUCCCCAGUGUCAUCUCUUCAAUCUUCUCGACAGCUUCCUUCAACUCACACCGCUUUUCGGUGUUCUCCUCGCAACAGGCCAAUGCAAUCUGCAGCAGCUUCAACAUCUGUCCCUCCGCGUUCUUGGUCCUCUUGCUCAUCUUGCUGUCGAGCACUUGGCUGGCCCGCCCUUCUCUAGCGACAGAGUUCACCCAGUUCACCAAAUCUGUACUCUCCUUCCCCUGCUGCGUGUCAUGCAUGGGGACCUUGCCUGUGAGAAUCUCUAGUAUCAGCAUUCCGAGGCUCCAUACAUCGCUCUUCUUGGAUGUUCUGCCGAUUUGCUUGCGCUCAGGGGAUUUGUAGGCUACCAUGAACUUUGCAGCGUGAGAUUGGUUCAUCACCGGUAUGAGGGCGUAAUCGGUGAGGAGAGGCUCCAGGGACUCGCCUAGCAGCACGUUGGAGGACCUCAAGUGGCCAUGGGGUACCCCUAACAUUGGGAGCUCCUCGUAGAGAUAUGCCAGAGCACUGGCUACUCCUUUCACGAUCUUUAAGCGCGCCGGCCAGUCGAGCAUCGUCAUAUGAUUCGGGCCUCGAUUACCUAAGCAGUAAAUGACGGCAAAUCAGGAGUCGGGUGUACGGUGGUAUUAUAUUAGCUUCUCAACUGGUGAUGUAUAAACAAAACAUACACUCUGAAAAAUUUCCAUUUAUCAUCU